AUGGCAAUCACACAUCCUAUUCGUCGAGUAGCUGUCAUCGGCGCAGGGCCGUCUGGUCUUGCUGCAGUCAAAUACCUCCUCGCCGAGAAAAGUUUCGAUCAAAUCGAGGUCUUCGAGCAAAGGAGUUCCGUGGGAGGAGUUUGGAACUACACGCCGAGUUCCUCAAAAAAAGGGGUUUCAACAACUGUGCCACAUUCAACGCCUCACGAGCCAGUCGAGAAGCCAGUAUGGGUUGAUUCUGCUGAGGGGCGUGAAGCAACAUUCGUGUCUCCGCUAUACGAUCGACUGGAAACCAACAUCCCUAAGGAGUUAAUGCGUUAUUCGGAUCAAGCCUUCCCAUUGGAAUCCCAGCUGUUUCCCAAACACAGGACAGUGAGACAAUACCUGGAGGCUUAUGCCGAAGAUGUCAAAGACCUCAUUCAAUUUGAGACACAAGUCUUAGAAGUGAAACUCAACGAUGAAACUUUAAGCACCUGGAGUUUAACAACAAAGAGCCUUCCAACCGGCAUUGACACAACCCACACCUAUGAUGCUGUGGUGGUUGCAAGUGGUCAUUUCACGGUCCCUUAUAUACCCGGCAUCUCGGGGAUACAAGCCUGGGAUGCAUCAUACCCAGGUGCCAUCUCUCAUUCCAAGUUUUACAACUGCCCAGAAGAUUUUCAAGGGAAGAAAGUGGUUGUGGUGGGAAAUUCUGCUUCCGGGCUUGACAUUGGUGCGCAAAUCAAUGAAGUAAGCCAAGGCAAACUUUUGCUCUCGCAACUAUCUGAAUCCUCUGCACCCCCGAAUGGCGAUAAAAUCAUAUGCCCGCAGAUAGUCGAGUUUCUUCCUUCGACAACUCAUGACAGAGGUAUACAGUUUGCGGAUGGCUGCAUUGAGGAACAUGUUGAUGCCAUUGUCUUCUGCACCGGUUAUUUCUAUUCAUAUCCUUUCCUGGCUUCACUCAACCCACCAGCUGUGACCCACGGCUGGCGAACAAUGAAUGUCUACCAGCAGUUGUUUUACAUAGACCACCCUACUCUGGUAUUCCCAGUGCUUUCGCAGCGGGUCAUUCCAUUCCCUAUGGCUGAGAACCACGCUGCUGUUUUUUCUCGUGUGUGGUCUGCGCGGCUCACACUUCCAUCAAAAGCUGAGAUGAAGGCAUGGGAGGCUUCUGAAAUUGAUGCCAAAGGAGAUGGAAAGGAGUUUCACCUGCUUCCAUUCCCUAUGGAUGCUGACUACCUUAACUUUCUCUACGACUGGGCAAAAAAGGCCGAGGCACGACCUGGACUGUCUAACAAUGGACAAGGCAAACUUGGUACUCGGUGGGGUGAGCGGGAAAGAUGGGUGCGAGCCAAUAUCCCAGAUAUAAGGCGUGCUUUUAUACAGCGAGGUGAGAAGCGAGGCGAGAUCAAGAAUCUAGCAGAGCUUGGGUUCGACUUUGAAGAGUGGAAGAGGCAACAAGAUGAUCGUUGA